AUGUUCUUGGCUUCCAAGUCCAACUAUCAGCACAUCUUGGAUGGCACACUUCUUCCGGGCGUCUCAUAUCCAGAGACAUUAGCCGAGAACUUGAGCUCCAAACGAACUAAUCAUAAGCUCGCGGAGCAGGGACGACGGAAUCGCAUCAACAAUGCUCUAAAGGAGAUUGAAACACUUAUCCCGCCAGCGUACGUUCAAUCGAAGCACAGCAAGGAGGCCUCGGCCUGCAAUGGGAAAACCAGCGACAAGGAGAAGGAAAAGGCAGGAAAUCAACCAAUCAGCAAGGCCAGCACUGUGGAGAUGGCUAUUGAUUAUAUCAAAUCGCUAAAGGCGGAGCUCGAGUCGACAAAGAUGAAACUCGAAGCCGCAGAGGCCAAAUUGUCGACUGUUGACUUUCAAGUCAACGGUGAACCCGAUGGCUUGACAAAUGGAGUCACGAAUCACGAGGAAUCUAAACAGGUCUCCCACGUCCACGGUUCUCAACCUUCAACCGACGCAACAUCAUGA